GUCAAAGUCAGUCAGUCAUUCGACUGCGACGUUAUUUCCUGCAACGAUGCGACAUGAGGAGGCGAUGCGCCUUAGGAAACGAUAAAACAUCGCCUUUAUAGCGUUUGAAUUGCACGAGGGGGGCAUGAAAUAAGGAAAGAUGAGGGACAGGCUGGUUGAACUGGCUGGGGUCGCCACCAAAGACCGCAAAGAGGAAGACCAAGUAGAUAGCGGAGAAGAUGUGGACAGUGGUGAAUUUGAACAGCAUGCGGUGGUGUUUGAGGGCGAGGACGUCAUGGAGGACGCUUUCAAAGAAGCCCAAUCCAUCCAGAAAGAAAUCGCCCAUCUCCGGAUAGAGGUGAAGAGGCUGGGCAAGCAGAACACGCGCUUUCUCACCUCGGUCAGGCGCAUUAGCAGCAUCAAACGUGACUCCAACACGAUCGCGCGCAACAUCAAAGCCAAAGGGGAGAACCUCUAUGCUCGGAUACAGAAGAUGGACGCACUUUGUAAAAAGCUGGAGGAGAAACACGGAGCCCAUUCGGCUCUGGUGCGCAUGAUACGCGGGCAGUUCGUCUCGAUAACAGGCUCCUUUCACGAGGCCAUGAAUGAGUACAACGGCGCUGAAAUGGCACAGAGGGACAACUGCAAGACCCGCAUCCAAAGGCAAGCGGAGAUCAUGGGUAAAGAAGUGACCGGAGAUCAAAUCGAAGAAAUGAUCGAGACGGGCAAGUGGAAUGUCUUCUCCGACGACUUGCUCACAGACGGGCGAACCGCUCGCUCAGCGCUCACUGAGAUCGAGAAUCGCCAUAAGGAGCUUUUGGAGUUGGAGAGUCGCAUCAGAGACAUCCAUGAACUGUUUUUCCAGCUGGCCUUGUUGGUGGAGGAACAAGGGCCCAUGGUGGACAACAUUGAGGCCAAUGUAUAUGCCACCCAACACUUUGUGGCCAAAGCCACAACUCAGAUAAAGAAGGCUGUCAAAUACAAGAAGAAAAACCCUUGCCGGCAGCUCUUCUGCUGCUGUUUUCCUUGUUGCAAUAAAUGAUCUCCGUGUUACUGCCUUACCAUUUCGCAUAAGCCCUAGCGUACUUGCAAGCUAGUGUCAACCAUGUCGUGUGAUUUUUCUCUUAAGAGACCAACUGAUGCCCUGGUGUCUGCGUUUGAUGGUUGUCAUUGUGGAAAUUGUCAUUUCUCUUUUUUUUUUUUUUUUUUUUUGGAAACCACAGCAGCUGCGACGCAAAUGAGCUAAAGUGAUACUGCAAUCUCACUGCUAAACUUCUGUGAGAGCCGCAGGACAUUCACUUGAUGCGUAGAAGAUAUGAAAAGGAAAACCACAAGUAAAAAAAGUUUUACGCCCCUUGUACAGUGCACAAGCAAAUAUUACAUGUUUUACUAAUUAAUCUACCGCUUUAUUUUGAGGUGCAUCUGUGUAUGCAUGGUUUGUUGCGUUAAUUUAAUAAAUAUUUUUAUCUUUUAAUGCA